AAGGUAUGGGAAAUGAAAUGCCAGUGAGGUUUAUAAAAGACAGCGUGGUCGGCCGAUGGAUGGGGGUUAAACAUUUCAGAGAGCUAUUUGUGGCCUGUCGCUUCACACGCCAGACAGAGACAGAACAGCAUGGAGACACUUGUUUUUCUAUUUCCUCAAUUCAACUACAUGGCCCCAAAGGAGGAAGCAUAUUUCAAAAUGCUUGGACCAGAGGACUUGCGAGCACCGAAGAUGAAGGACCAGUCUAACAGACAAAAAGACAAGGAGAGGAAGAGUCGACUAAGCCUUUUUCUCACCAAGUCGGGCUCUCAUGAAAACGUCAGUCCCCACAAAAAGACAAAUACUCCACCCAGCAACAUAUCACCGGAGGCGGCUUUGCAAUGGAGCGACUCCUUUGAAGAACUGCUAAAGCACUCAGAUGGGGUGGAGACCUUCUCUCAAUUCCUCAGGACAGAGUUCAGUGAGGAAAACAUCGAGUUCUGGCUGGCCUGUGAAGAAUACAAGACCAUUGAUUCUGAGACGAAGCUGCUGUCCAAAGCCAAAUAUAUUUUGACAGUAUUUAUUGAGUCAGAGGCCCCUAAAGAGGUCAACAUCGACUACAACACGAAGAUGGCCAUCCAGAAGGAGAUGGCGGCGCCCACAAAGAGCUGUUUUGAAGCUGCGCAGAUGAAAGUCUACAGCCUGAUGAAAAAGGACUCUUACCCUCGGUUCCUGCACUCUGACAUUUAUAUUCGCCUCACCCGGCAGAAAGGCCCCGGGGCCACCAUGUUUCGCAGAAGGUCGCGCUCCUGUGUGUUCAAUGAUAGGGGCGAGGCCACGACUCCGUCCUCGGCGUGGUAGUUGUAACAGACGUGCAGACGCUCGUUCACGCGCUGUGAAACACAACCGUUAUCAGAGAGAAUCCCACUGGUCAGAGGAUUAUGCAUUGUCCCAUACAAGCAAUUGUUAAUAUAUUUGUUUGUCUUUCCUUGAGCUCUAGUUGAGGACCAACACCACUGCCAUGUGUGUAAAUGUAAAUGUAAAAUCUAGAUGUAAAGUUAUACAGCUUCUGAGGACAGGAAGCAUGCGGGAAAACAGCUCUGUCACGCAAAAAUGUAGAAUGAUAAAUAAAUAAUCACCUCUAAAAGUCACUAAGUCACGAUCUAAACUAACUAACAAGCUGAUCAUUACUGAACCCAUAGCUGCAUUUGAGUGACUCAUGUUACACUUCUUUGUCUUCCAGUCCAACAAUAGCACCUUGUGUGUAACAUUAAUUAGAUUUCGUGUACAACCUGUGUGUGUAUACCAUUAAAAUGGAUUUAAUCCUGUGCACUAUCCCUAUGCCUGCAACUCUUGAAUUUCUGUUAAUAUUCAGAAUAUCUCAUUUCCACUCACAGAAAAUGCAUAAUAUCUUGUGUGAAUUAUUAUUACUGUUAAUCAGGCGGCUGCCGUCGAAUAUAAUUUAUGUUGUGUCGUGAUCAUUUGCAUUGUCUUACUGUUGUUAAUGUAUAUAUUGUAAUAUGUGAAGUCAUUCAAAUAAACACUUUCUU